AUUCCGUGAACUCACUCCAAUUGGCAGCAUCUCUACUAUACAGCGCCGGCGCGUCAUUCUCGGCUCACGUCAAUGGAACGAGUUGUAACCAAAUGAGAACAUGUGUGGCAUCUGAGAGAGAGAGAGAGAGAGAGAGAGAGAGAGAGAGAGAGAGAGAGAGAGAGAGAGAGAGAGAGAGAGAGAGAGAGAGAGAGAGAGAGAGAGAGAGAGAGAGAGAGAGAGAGAGAGACAGUUUUAUCAUCCUGACAACUGGAUACGAGAUUUGAUUGCUGCAUGGGCUUUUUAAUUUUUCUUCUUUAUUUAUAUAUUUUUGAACCUAGGCAGGAGAAAUGAUCGAUUCGUCACGUGCACGCGCCUCUUCAUUAUAAUUGCAGACAGUUGGGUGCUGUUAAGGCUGAAUGGACUUGAAUAUGUCGCUGCCAGCGUAAUCCGCGCAGAGUGGAAGAUUUAAUAAUUCACGGUAAUCACGCGUUAUCGCCUCGGUGGAUGCUCUCUGCGCAGCUCUGGUGAUCUUUUUCCUUUUUCCCCCCUUCCCCCUGUUCUUUCCCUGGUUUUUCCCGUUGUCUCCUGGAGGAUUUAUCGACGGCUGCUCCUUAUCUGAAAUAUCAUCUGUUGCUGCAACUGGAUUGAAGAGCACCCCCUCCCCUCCUCCAGUGACUGAGGUUUCGUGCGUGAGGAGCGUUUCCCCGUCUCUCAUUAAUCCACUCCGGUUAAAAUGGACCAGAAAUUGUUAUUACUUUUAUUACUUCUGCUAUCUCUGCACGCGAGGCUGUGAUUCGGCGUUCAUUCAUCAUGAUUGCCCCACUCUGCUGAAUUGGCUCCAUUGAUUCUGACUGAGCUGAACGGGCGCGAUACGAGGCAAAUUCCAGCGCGAGGUGCUGCUGAAGACAGUUUAUUUUAUUUUUUAAUAAUUUUUAUUUUGCCUCUAUUAUUUUAUUUUCAACUCGAGGAUAAAUGUUGAUGAUGGAGGAGGACGAAUUGGACGCUCAUCAGGUUGAUUCGGAUUUCGAGCCGCAGAGCCGGCCUCGCUCCUGCACCUGGCCGCUGCCGUGUCCGGAGGAUUUCCCCGGUGGACACGAGGUGAGCGGAGGGCUCCCGCUGGCCAGCAUCAAAGUGGAACCGGAGGACGUGCCGGCGUGCAUAGCCGGACUCGUGGGCGGAACGCCGGCGGAGCUGAAGCAUCCAGCCGGCGCCCCGGUACCCACACCGGCGACGCACCCAUGCUUGGCCGGCGCGGCGCUGGAUGUGACCGGAUCCCUGCGCAAAGCCAAAUCCUCGCGGCGGAACGCGUGGGGGAACCAGUCCUACGCGGAUCUCAUCACCCGCGCCAUCGAGAGCACCCCGGACAAGAGGCUCACCCUGUCACAGAUAUACGACUGGAUGGUCCGUUAUGUCCCCUACUUCAAGGAUAAAGGCGACAGCAACAGCUCAGCUGGCUGGAAGAACUCCAUUCGGCACAACCUCUCUCUCCACACGAGGUUUAUUCGGGUGCAGAACGAGGGGACAGGGAAGAGUUCCUGGUGGAUGCUGAACCCAGAUGGUGGAAAAAUGGGGAAGGCCCCUCGGCGACGAGCAGUCUCAAUGGACAACAGCACUAAGUACAUCAAAAGCAAAGGCCGGAUCAGAGGCAAGAGAGUUGGUCGUCCUGGAAUUGGAGCAGGUCCUGCUGUAGUAGGCCUCCAAAGCUCCCCAGACAACGUUAGCCCAUCACGGAAAGCCCUCCCAGGAUCUGGGGGCUCAUCUGGGACUGAUGGAGAGUUUGAUGCUUGGACAGAUCUACAUUCCAGAGCUAGUUCAUCAGCCUCCACUUUGAGCGGGCACCUGUCUCCUAUUCUUGCUGAGGGAGAACCUGAGGAACCAGAAGAGGGUGGUCUGUCUUGCUCCACCUCACCUCACCUCUACCCAUCACCAACCAGUUCCCGCUCUCCAUCCAUGGGGGCAGGAAACCAUUGUCCUCCCCUUGAACAGCUGCCUCAGCUGGCCAGCCUAACAGGCGCCAUAAGUUUGGAUGAACAAAUAAUGGAGGAUGGUUAUCAUCAUCAUCACCAUCAUCGUCCACAGCACCAGCAGCAUCCAGCUGUUGGCAGGCUUAAGCCUCAAACUCCUGUUUAUCACUACAGCUCUGGAAUGAAGGGUCAAGGCUCCUACGGUGCAGGUGUCUACAGUGCAACAAGCAUGGGGAUGCUACGUCAUCACUCACCAAUGCAGACUAUUCAGGAGAACAAGCCGGCCAGUUUCUCUGGGACCACUCGGGCAUACUCCAGCACAAAUGCACUUCAGAGUUUACUAACUGGUGGUUCUGCUUGCCAACAGUACUGUUCCAAAGACAUGAUCAUGGGACAGGAAAGGGAAGGCCAUCCUAUGAUUGGUCAAGUCAGUAAUGGAGUAGGAUCCAACCACCACAACCACCAACCCGUCCACCACAAUGGACCUCAUAGCCAUAACAGAACUCCCAACCAACUCACAACUACUAGUCAUAAUCACAACAACGUAACAAACCACAACUCACCUCACAGCCUCACUCACAAUGGUCACAAUCUCAGCCGGAGUCAUGCUCACACACCACCCAGAGCUGCAUCCCUGACCCCACGGGGAAACAGCGAUCAGUUACAGACUUACAAUCACAAAGCUCCUUACUUGUACAGCCCCCCAUCCCAUGCCCACCUCCCUGCUUCUACCACACUCCCCCCAAACCCAGCAGGUAUGCUUGGCAUGCCCCAGGACUCAUGCCAUGUGGCUUCUACCCCACACCCCCGUCACAAUCAUUACCCAGACUCUCAAAACCAGGCCAUGACUAAUGGACCAUACCAUCACGGCCACCAUGGGCAUGGGUUGGGUGGUGCUAGUAGCAACUACCAUGGCUAUCAUCAACCUCACCUCCAUGAGAGACUACCUGCUGACCUUGAUAUUGACAUGUUCCAUGGGAGCUUGGAUUGUGAUGUGGAGUCCAUCCUCCUCCAUGAUAUUAUGGACUCUGGGGAGGAGAUGGACUUUAACUUUGAUUGCUCCCUUGCCCAGGGAGUUGGUAUCGGCAUGGGAAUGGGAAUGGGUGUGACUAUGGGCAUGGGGAUGACAAUGAAUGGUCUGGCUGGCCCACAGCAAGCCCACAGCAACCAGAGCUGGGUACCUGGCUAAAGUUAAACGACUGCACAGCCUACUGUCAAAUGGGACUAACAUACCCAUAAAGCACUGUGGCCAACUGUGACAUUCCUGACUUAAAACAAAGCCUGUUGGACCAACACCCCCUUGUCUCUCUGUUGUCCUGACAUUUAUUCUGUCACCCCUCCUCUUUUGAUCCCCUUAUUAUUGAGAGAUCUACUUCAUGUCAGAUUAUUUUAUUCCUGUAUCAGCUGUACUGUGAUGACAAUCUCUCAGCUGUGCUUGCUCGGCAUCGCUUCUCAUCUACCAUGAGAACUGAACUCUGAAUGCACUUUAAUGCAAGUGGGUCACAUCUCACGGUGCAAUGCCUUCACAGAGCAGCUCAGGCAGAGCUUGGCAUGUUUUGUAAGGUGGCUGCUGAAUUUGAGUUGAGCAGACAAGGAAGUCCUCCUAUAGAAAAGUCCGAUCUAAAAAUGAAAUAAAAUUUGGAUUGUGUUUGUUUUUAUCCUUGUUGGGUUAUCUUUAAAGGGGUGGAACACUGACUAAACAUUUAAAAAAAAAUCUUAUUUCUGAUAAGAAAUCGGUCACUCUGAGUUUGUCAUGCAAGCUGAACAUGAAACUGGUCUCCUACACCUAUUUCCUGCAUUGGCUUCUGAUAGAAAAUAGAUGAUGAAACUCUAGGAUUUGAAAAGCCUGACAGAUCUACAUCACACUGGCACGCGGUAUUCAUGGACUCACCCAUCCUGACCCACAACGGGGAAGGCUGCUGUUGGUUUAGCGUCCAGGAAACAGCAGACAAUGUCUCGGCUAGUAGAAGCUAACUGUUAGCAUUAUCAACUUCACCACACAGCAGAACUCCCCAAGGCUUGGGUUAUUUGUGGAGAUAAAAUAUCCUCGUUGCAGGUCAGUGGUAGAGCCGCGUUGCUGUUAUCCAAUCUGAGGAAGGAUGUCCAAAUAUCAGGAAAUAAGACUCCAAAACAUGCCGCCUGAAGCUCAGCUGUGAUGUGGCUCACUUCUAGUUCCUGGAAAUAGUGCUACGGUGUUUUUUGCCCUUCGAGUAUGACUUACAAGUCAUUGAUUCCUACUAGAGACUGCUGCAAAUGCAUUGAUUAAAUGUGUUCCACACCUUUAAAUUACAAAGACGUGGCCUCAUUCUCCUUUUCCCAAAUUCUUACCUGAUUUAAAACAGGUGUUGCCACUAUAUUUGACCUUGAGUACACUGUAGUUACAAUACACUGGGUGGUUAAAUUGGCCGUAUUCUCACCUGUUAAAUAAAAUCUUGCUUAUCCAUAAGUCCGGAUCAUUUGAUUUUUCAGCAGCUGUGCUUUUCAUUGCUUUCCGUGUUUAGUCCUUGGUGCUUUGGCUUUUUUCUCUCGGAUGUAACAUUUUGUAAAGGCCCCCUUGCCUUCGGUUUAAAAAACCUUGUCAUCAUGUCAUUAAAUGGAUGCUAUCAUUAGUGGCUAGCAUGCAAUUUGGUGAGUUAAAAUGUCAUAUCACCUCGUUUCACCUGGGCCUCUUGUCCCAGUCUGCCCCCCUCCCCUUCCAUUUGUCAGCCGGUGGAGACAAAGUGACCAUUCCUCACACCGAGCCAUUAAUGUUGCUUGAUUGAAAUUCAGCAUCUUGCUUUUAAUCUCCAAAGUGUUGCAGCAGCGGCAUUGUGUCAUAAUUGAGACUCCAACAUGUUGUCCUUUCUUGCUCGCCCCUGCUGUCCCGACCGUCGCCCGUCUCCCUGGUGUAAUGCACCGAAAGCACCAACGCAAAAUAGCGAUUAACUUCGGCUCACUCUGCCUGACGCCCUGCUCUGAGAACGGCCAAUGUCACUGUCUAGUUGCUCCAUCAAAAAGGGUAAUAAAAGAGAAACAAAGAUGAAAACAAAAGCCUGUUGUUGAUCAGUCAGUCUCAGUUUUCAUGCUCCUUGGAUGUGCGCGUAUGGGAAUUAGUAUUGUGUUCAUAUCGUAAAUCAUCUGCAUUAUCCGUGCUAUGUUCUCAUGUUUUCAGUGCUGAUAUUCUGAGCUUCAGAAAUCCAAGCAGGUGCAAAUGGAUCGUUUUAGAGAGAAAACAAGCAACCAUCUGGGUUGCACGAGUCCACAUCAGACGCCACACAAUCAUCCACAUCUUGGUUUUGUGCGUUUAUUCUGUUGUCUCGUAGUUGAUGUUGUCGUAUUGUUUAUAAAUCGAAGGGCCAUUGAGGACAGGACUGAGUAAGAAUCAAAACCAUUGGUGAAACCAUGUUGGUAUAGUGCAGUAUGACCUUCCUAAGCUCCAAUAGCGUGCGCCCCCUCCUAUUUGUGCUCGGCUCAGUCGUUUCUGUGUUUGUGAGUGGGGUGCAGAUUAUUUUUCACUGGCCUUCGGAGAGGUAAAAAUAAGGAAACCCCUGUUCUCUACUUCCCUCGAGGAGAGCUUCAGCUCUCUAGUCGCCUCACAAAGGAAGGUGUUGGAGGUCGGCUGUGGAGUGGGGGUUAUUUUUACAUCCUAAGGUCAAGCACGGCACAGACUAUCAAACCCAUUAAUGAGGUAAAUCCGUUGAUUUCCGGCCCUUUAGCUGCGCUGGUUCGUGGAAAUGUGCAGAGUUUUACGAGUUUCCAGGCCUCACAAAGCAGUUUCUUUAUGCUACAGACGUUUAGCAAUUCCCGCUACUGGAAAGAGAGCUAUAUAUGAUGUCUAAUUUUCUUAUAUUUAUUUAUCGAUGACCUUGGUCUCUGUCAUUCUUAAAUGUGAUAGAUGUUUGAGUCAAAUCUUGUUCCUUCUCUUCUUUUCUAAGACGACGCCCCCUUUGCCCGUUUUACCGACUUUUAUUUUGUACAAAUUCUAUAUAUUAAAAAAAAUGUACAAUAGUUUUUAAAAAUCUCAAAGGAUUAUCAGUUUUGUUGUCUAUUUCUUUUUUUUAAGAGAAUGUAACUCAUCAUCUGGUGACUGUUAAAUAAAUGAAAUUUAAAGAAAACAUAUUUGUUGUUAUUUAUAAGAGAGAAUAUAUGCAGGGAUUUAUUUUCCAAGAAAGCACGACAAAGUGACCUUUUCCUUGAAAUUUAGAUAUUUGCUUUGUUUUUAAAGCUUAUUCGAGCCUGUCGAGUGUUAUUUCGCUUUGUGCUCGUGUAUGUUUACAGGCAGGGUGAAUGGAAGUGAGUUGCCUGUUAAUUUAUCUCCU